AUGCAGUUGUUACUAUAUUUAUUUUGUUGUAUAGUUUGUGUAAAUGCAUAUCAGAAAUAUACAGCUCCGAUUCAAGUUAUGCAACCAGAUCAGGUUUGGUUUGGAGUCAUAGAAUUUGGAAAAAAAAUCAUGGGGUUUUUUUAGAAUGGUGUUUAUCGAUACGAUAUGCUUCUGACGAAAAAAUUGACAAUGGCUUAUAAAAAUGAUAAUCCUUCACAACAUGCGACACCUGUUGAUUGGGACUGGAAAACGGUAAGUUUCCAGACUUCUCAAAAAUUGAGUUAGCAAAAAUUCCAAAACUUCCAGAGAAAAUGGUCGCGCCGAAAUCCAGAUCAACUCAAACCAUGUUUCGAGAACUUCACAAUGAAUCCACAAACUGAUCCAGGAGAUUCGGAUAAAUUGUCAGAUGUUUUAAUUGCUGAUGGAUUGCAUAAACGAGUUAUCGUAAUUAAUGGGGAAAUGUGAGAGGUUAUUGAGUUUUUUCAAAAAAUUACAAACAUUUUCAGGCCUGGCCAGCCAAUUGUUGUUCCAUAUUUGUCAGAAGUUUGGAUUCGAGUGACAAAUAAAGUGUUGUUAGAUUCCCUAACUAUUCAUGUUCAUGGAAUUGAUAAACAUGGAAUGUGGUUUAUGGAUGGUGUUGCUUUUGUUCAACAAUGUCCAAUUACAUCAACAACUUCGUAAGAUUGGAAAUUGUUUCAGACCACAAAAACCUAACGAAAAAAAUAUUUCAGAUUUGAUUAUCGAUUUAUUGCUGAUAAUAAAGGAACACAUUGGUAUCACGGUCAUUUACAAACAGAUCGAGGAGAUGGAAUUGCUGGUGGAUUUAUUGUUGUUGAUCCAAAUGAUCGAACUGUUCCAUCUGGAAUUGAAAGUGGAAAACGAUUGACACCUGAUAAGGAAUUCUUUAUUAUGUUGCAGGUAAAUAUUGGAAGUUUGAAUUGGGAACUAUCUACAUUAUUUAUUUUUUCUAAAGGUUUUAGGGACUUUUAAGAGCUUCAGCUAAAAUUUUUCAAAUUCAAAAAUACAUCCAAAAAAUUGUUUUUUUUUCAAAAUUUUGGGCUGAGCUACAGUUAUCGAGAAUUUUGAGAAAUAAAAUUACUGAGCAAUUUUUCAAACUUUUUACAUUUCUUUUUCUCUGAACCUAGGUUACUGUAAUGAUGAAAUGUUGCAAAAUACAGUACCCCAGUUGAAUUCUUGUUUUCUAAAGAUUUUGGGGGCUUUUCAAAACACUGCAUUUUUUCAGCUUUCAAAAUAUAUCUAACAUUUUUGGGCUGAGCUACAGUAACCGAGAAUUUUAGGAAUUCAAUCAUUCAUUCAUUUUUGAAACUAUAUUUUAUUUUUCUUAACUUUGGGUUACGUUACUUAGGUUACUGUAAAGCACAUUUCAAUUUAGGAUUGGUCAACAAAACCAGGAGAUGAAGCUUGGAUGCAAUUACAAGAUAAAACAAUGAAAUGGAUGUAUGGCUAUGAUGAUUUCACAAAAUGUUGGGAACCAACUCGAACAUCAGAUGGUGGAAAUGUUGGUGGAGCAGUUCCAAUUUCAGCAAUUCUACUAAACAACAAAGGAUGGUAUGAUCAAAGCGCUCUUCAACAAAGUCCAGCCAGUUUUCCAGUCGAAAGAUUUUUAAUCAAUCCAAAAGAAGAUAUUCUGUUUAGAAUUGUUAAUGGAGGAGUUGCACAAGAAUUGAUGAUAUUUGUUGAAGGACAUGUUAUGUAUGUUAUUGGUGCAGAUGGAGAUGAAGUUGUGCCAAUGAAAAUUGAUCGAUUGAUUGUAUUUCCUGGUGAAAGAUAUGAUAUUUUGAUAAAGGGAUUGGAAAAUCCAACAAAAUUAAAUUAUCGAAUUCAAGUUGAGACUAUUCAAAAAUACUUUUUUGAUUGGACUGUUAUUCCAACAGAUUUUGGAUUCGGAUUUAUUGAAUAUAAUGUAACUGGGCUAACUGAAGAUUUCUCAAAACGUAAGUGACAUUUUUUUUUAAAUCAAAAAAUGUUCUUUAAUUUCCAGCAAAUCUUCAACAUCCUGAAUGCACAUCUACAUCAAAAUGUUCAGUUCUGAAUUGUCCAUUCGAAAAUUGGUUUGAUCGCCCGAAUUUCACGUGUAUUUCGUAUGACAAAUUGGAAAAUCCAUAUCCAGAACUGAUUGAAAAAGAAAUAUUGCAAGCAACACAAUUUGAUGGAGGUUAUGAGGAACAUUUUAUCAAUAUGCAUCACGAUUCACAAAUGGAACAAUAUCAAUUCGAAUUUCCUUGGGGCAUUCCAUAUUUUCAUAAGGAUGAUAUGAAUAGUAUUUCGACGGUGCGAGCGAUUUUUUUUGGUUCGAAAAAAAAAUCAUAAUUUUUCCAGGAUUGUGCUUCAACUGAAUGUGUGAACAACACAAGUUCCGACCUUGAUACAAAAUGUCGAUGUUUCUUCAAUUUGAAACAUAAACUCAACAAUAUUGUUCAAAUCACAUUAUAUAAUAUGGGAUUAGGUGGUUCAAUGGGAACUGGCUAUGCACAUCCAUUCCAUUUACACGGUCAUCAUUUUUAUGUGAUGAAAGUUGGUUGGCCAAAAUAUAAUGCAAGUGGAUUAAUCGAUGAAAUGAAUCAAGAUAUUGAUUGUGAUGGUCCUGGAGUAAGUUGUAAUGGAAAACAAUGGAGAAAUAAAACAUGGAUUGGUGGAGCUGUUGAUGGUAUGAAUUUGAAGAAUCCCACUAAACGUGAUACAAUCACACUUCCUGUUGGUGGAUAUAUCACAUUCCGAUUCCGCGCAACAAAUCCUGGAUGGUGGUUGGCACAUUGUCAUUUAGAAUUACAUACAAUGGGUGGAACUGUUUAUGCAUAUAGAGUUGGAGAACAUGAUCAAAUAUAUAUGCCUCCUGAUAAUUUUCCAAAAGAUUGCGGGCAUUUUAAAGUUGAUUCACUUCCAAAACUUGUUUUACCCACAACACAAUCUGCAUUAUCUAAGUUUACAGUUUUAGCGUUUUUGUUAAGUUUUCUUAUGUUAUAUUAA